UCAGUAACAGUUGAUUGUAAUGUCAGUGCAGUCCAAUUUACAGGCUGGAGCAGCAGCUGCAUAGUGCAUUUCCCUGAAGUAUUAUGUGAUUUUCCACUCCUUGCAAACUUUAUCAUCUUUGUUGCAGUGAGUCGGAAACCAAUAUGCAGAGCAAAGUUACAACCACAUGUAUCAGAUUUCUCUUGCGGUUUCUUCUGCUCUGGGUGCUCUUUGGGAAGUCACACACUGAAGAAGACAUCAUAAUUACCACCAAGAAUGGAAAAGUCAGAGGGAUGAACUUGCCAGUUCUUGCUGGCACAGUAACAGCCUUUCUUGGAAUCCCCUAUGCACAGCCACCUCUUGGUAAACUUCGAUUCAAAAAGCCACAAUCCUUGACCAAGUGGCCCAAUAUUUGGAAUGCCACAAAAUAUGCAAACUCUUGCUAUCAGAACACAGAUCAAAGUUUCCCAGGCUUCCUUGGAUCAGAGAUGUGGAACCCAAACACUGACCUCAGUGAAGACUGUUUAUAUCUGAAUGUGUGGAUCCCAGUGCCUAAACCAAAAAAUGCUACUGUAAUGAUAUGGAUCUAUGGUGGUGGUUUUCAGACUGGGACCUCAUCUUUGCAUGUUUAUGAUGGCAAGUUUCUGGCACGAGUUGAAAGAGUUAUUGUGGUUUCAAUGAACUAUAGGGUGGGUGCUCUAGGAUUCUUAGCUUUACCAGGAAAUCCUGAGGCACCAGGGAACAUGGGUUUAUUUGAUCAACAGUUGGCCCUUCAGUGGGUCCAAAAAAAUAUAGCAGCCUUUGGUGGAAAUCCUAAAAGUGUAACUCUCUUUGGAGAAAGUGCAGGAGCAGCUUCAGUUAGCCUUCAUUUACUUUCUCCUAGAAGCCACCCAUUGUUUACCAGAGCCAUUCUGCAAAGUGGAUCCUCUAAUGCCCCUUGGGCAGUGACAUCUCUUUAUGAAGCUAGGAACAGAACAUUGACCUUAGCUAAAUUUAUUGGUUGCCCUAGAGAAAAUGAGACUGAGAUAAUCAAAUGCCUUCGAAAUAAAGAUCCCCAGGAAAUUCUUCUGAAUGAAGUAUUUGUUGCCCCCUAUGGUACGCUCUUGUCAGUAAACUUUGGUCCAACUGUGGAUGGUGAUUUUCUCACUGACAUGCCAGACACACUACUCCAACUUGGACAGUUCAAAAAAACCCAGAUCUUGGUGGGUGUUAAUAAAGAUGAAGGCACAGCAUUUUUAGUAUAUGGCGCUCCUGGUUUCAGCAAAGAUAACAAUAGUAUUAUAACUAGAAAAGAAUUUCAAGAAGGUUUAAAAAUAUUUUUUCCGGGAGUGAGUGAAUUUGGAAAGGAAUCGAUCCUUUUCCACUACAUGGACUGGUUAGAUGAUCAGAGAGCUGAAAACUACCGUGAGGCCUUGGAUGAUGUUGUUGGGGAUUAUAAUAUCAUAUGCCCUGCCUUAGAGUUUGCCAAAAAGUUCUCAGAUAUGGGAAACAAUGCCUUUUUCUACUAUUUUGAACACCGAUCCUCCAAACUCCCUUGGCCAGAAUGGAUGGGAGUGAUGCAUGGUUAUGAGAUUGAAUUUGUCUUUGGUUUACCUCUGGAAAGAAGAGUUAAUUACACAAAAGCUGAGGAAAUUUUGAGUAGAUCCAUUAUGAAACGCUGGACAAAUUUUGCAAAAUAUGGAAAUCCAAAUGGGACUCAGAACAAUAGCACAAGAUGGCCUGUCUUCAAAAGCAAUGAACAAAAAUAUUUCACCUUGAAUACAGAGUCACCAAGAGUAUACACUAAACUGCGUGCUCAACAGUGCCGAUUCUGGACACUAUUUUUUCCCAAAGUCUUGGAAAUGACAGGGAAUAUUGAUGAAGCAGAACGAGAAUGGAAAGCAGGAUUCCAUCGCUGGAACAAUUACAUGAUGGACUGGAAAAAUCAAUUUAACGAUUACACUAGCAAGAAAGAAAGCUGUGCAGGUCUCUAAUUAAUAGAUUUACCCUUUACAGAACAUUCGUUUUCCUGUAGAUCAAGGCAAAAAUAUCAGUGGCUCUCUUACACACCUGGUAAGAAAGCUAUUAUAUAGCUGAAACAAAAAUGCCAGAAGGAUAAUAUCGAUUCCUCACAUCUUUCACUUAGUAUUGUAUCUAGCAUUUCGAAACCCAAACGGCUAGAACAAGUUUAAUUAAAUUUCACAUUAUAAAGUUUGACAAUUAAUUAUAUGCAUAUUAAAACAGUUUGCAGCUUCAAACUCUCUCUUUCCUGAAUAACUUUAAGAAUUUUUUUCCCUAAAAAGUAUCUGUGUUCUGUUUCCAGCCUUGAAUUUAUUUUCAUUACCACUCAUAAAAGGUACCUUUUUUAAACAGAUAAGGUCUUGAAACAUUAGACACCAUAAUCUACAAUAUUAUUUCCUUUAAUUAAUUUAUGCAUUUAGUGUAAAUAUGCUGUAUUAAAACAAACACAGAAAAUAAUUGG